AUGACUGCUAUCGAGAGCUUCGAUAACAUCUACUUGGAUCUCUCCAAGGAGAGCGGAAAGUGCAGAUUCGCAGAGACCGGUUUCGGAUGGAAGCCUGUGGGCGGCGGCGAUACCUUCACCCUCGAUCACAACAACAUCGCCUCUGCACAAUGGAGUCGCGCUGCCAAGGGCUAUGAGAUCAAGAUUGUACAGCGCGCCAAAUCCGGCAUAAUCCAGCUCGAUGGCUUCCAACAAGAAGAUUACGACCGCCUUGCCAAGGUCUUCAAGAACUGGUACAGCACUGUCCUUGAGAGCAAGGAGCAUGCACUGCGAGGCUGGAACUGGGGCAAAGCCGAGUUUUCCAAGUCCGAACUCACAUUCAGCGUCCAAAACCGGCCCGCAUUCGAAUUGGCCUACUCGGAAAUUGGAAACACCAACCUCGCUGGCCGCAACGAGGUGGCAGUAGAGAUGGCACUCCCUGAUACAGGCGCUAAUGCCCAGCUCGGUGGUGCCAGGUCGAAAGGAUCCAAGGCUGCCGCUGGUCGGGACCAGCUUGUCGAGAUGCGAUUCUACAUCCCUGGUGUUACGACUCGCAAGGAGGCUGAAGGAGAGGACGCAGGCAGCGAUGCCGGUAACGACGAGCAGGAAAAGAAUGCCGCUACUCUGUUUUAUGAGACUCUGAUUGACAAGGCUGAGAUUGGCGAGACUGCUGGCGAUACUAUCGCCACUUUCCUGGAUGUCCUACAUCUCACGCCCAGAGGUCGUUUUGAUAUCGACAUGUACGAAGCCUCUUUCCGACUCCGAGGCAAAACCUACGACUACAAGAUUCAAUACGAGGCCAUCAAGAAGUUCAUGGUACUUCCAAAGCCUGACGAGGUGCACUACAUGCUUGUUAUGGGUCUGGAUCCGCCCCUGCGUCAAGGUCAAACGCGAUACCCCUUCGUUGUGAUGCAGUUUAAGAAGGACGAGGAAGUCACUAUUGACCUUAACUUGAACGAGGACGAGCUUAAGAGCAAGUACCAAGACAAGCUGGAACCUCAUUACGAGGAACCCCUCCACCAAGUUGUCGCCAAGAUCUUCCGUGGUCUGGGUAACAGGAAGAUUUCAUCCCCUGCCAAGGACUUCAUCACACACCGCAGCCAAUACGGCAUCAAGUGCUCUAUCAAGGCAAGCGAGGGUUUCCUCUACUGUCUGGAGAAGGCCUUCAUGUUCGUGCCCAAGCCCGCUGUCUACAUCGCCUACGAACAGACACAAUCGGUUACUUUCUCUCGUGUCAGCGGAGCUGUUUCAGCACUAUCGACAUUUGACAUCACAGUUCUCUUAAAGAAUGGUGCCGGCUCGUCCCAGUUCAGCAAUAUCAGUCGUGAGGACCUCAAGGCCCUUGAAAGCUUCUUCAAGCUCAAAGGAUUGCGGGUCAAGAACGAGAUUGACGAGGAUGCCAACCUCCUUGCUGCCGCCCUCGAUCAGCAGAUGGAUGACUCCGAGGACGAAGUUGCCGCCAAGGCUGAUCGUGGCUCCGCUGAUGAGGAUGAGGAGAGCGUGGAUGAGGACUUCCGAACUGAUAGCGAAAGCGAUGUAGCAGAGGAGUACGACAGUGCCCACGAGAGCUCUGGCUCAGGCAGUGACGAGAGCAAUGUGGAUGAAGAUGAAGAACGGGAUGAUGAUGACGAGGACGCUGAAGAGGAGCGUCCCAAGAAGAAGAAGAAGACAGGCUAA